AACGACUUCCUGUCAAUAUCAGUAUCUACCAUCGUGUCUGAAUUGAGGAGGAAUGGCAACGCCCACAAGUUUCGUCUGUAGUUUGUGUCGGGAAGAUGACGAAACCAGUACAGCUGUCACGUGGUGUACAGAAUGUGAGGUAUUUCUAUGUUCUGAAUGUCAGAAACAUCAUGGCCGAUCCAAGAUGUCAAAACAUCACCAGGUCAUGUCUGUACAUGACUACCAACAAUUACCCGAGUUCCUGCUGAAUAUAAAGAACAAUUGUGAGGACCACGACAUUAAGUAUGAGCUGUUUUGCGCAUUUCAUGAUUGCGCCUGUUGCAUGAAGUGCAUAAAAGUCAAACAUGACAACUGCAAAGGUCUUGUUCCACUCGGAGAUGUUGUAGGAAAUAUCAAGUCGUCUGCUUCUGUGUCCCAAGUCGAAACGGAUCUUGUCAAUCUUCUCGACAAUCUAAAGACUAUCAAAAUAUUUUUCUCGGAAAACCUUAGUGCACUGGAAAAACAGAAAACAGAAGCGAUUAGUCGAGUCCAUACCAUGCGUCAGUCAAUUAAUGACCACUUAGACAAACUUGAAGAAAGUUUGUUAAAUGAUAUAAGAUCAGAAUUCACCAAAUUACAAGAGACAAUUGAGAAACUGAAAAGUGAAAUCGAUAGCAAAACUAACCAUGUUGAAGAAAAACAAGGAGAUUUUUUAAAAAUGGUCGAAUUUUCAACAGAUCUUCAAACAUAUUUCGGUCUACAUGAAGUAGAAAAGAUUACAAAGCAAGGAGAAAAGUAUAUACAUAAUUUGAAAUCGGCAGACAAUCUUCGUGAAAAGAAAAUGAAGGUCGACUGUUUUGAUCUAGAGUCCACUGUAAGGGGGGCAACAGCGUUUGGAAGAAUGUCGAUAUCCUUAUCACCUGAACAUUUACAACUUAUAACAAAGGAAGAAGGUCAAGUUCAGUCUCCACGGAAACCAGUUAUCAAGCAAACAUUUAAAAUGCCAAAACACCCAGUGAGCAUAACUGGAUGUCAAAUAUUACCAAACUGUGAUGUUGUUUUCGUAGACCAACAUAACAGGUCUAUUUUAUUGUUUAACAAUGCAGGUGUAAAAGAAAUAAUAACUUUCAAUACUUUGCCAUCUGAUAUCUGUUAUGUCAAUCAGAGAAAAAUUGCUGUUACACUCCUCGACCGGAAAAUUUGCAUUAUUGAUGUAGAAAGAAACAAGAUAGUGAGACAAACAGAUGUAGAUGGCAAGUGCUCUGGAAUUUGCACCUAUGAACAAAUGAUGUAUGUUAUAGUUGAUGCAAAUAAUGUUCUUGUGUUAGAUUUUAACCUUAACAUAAAACAUUCAAUUCCAAUAGUAACGAAAAGUUUGAGUCGUAUUGCUGUAUUCGGAGAACGAAUUUAUUGUACCGACUCGGGUGCAAAUAGUGUAUUCUGUUACAGCAAAGAAGGAGAAAAGUUGUGGUCUUUUAAUGACGAAAUUCGUUUUCCAUUUGGUAUUGAUAUAGAUAUGAAUGGUUAUGUGUAUGUCGCUUGCCAUAGCAGCAACAGCAUUAUAGCAUUGUCACAAGAUGGAACAAAAGCAGAAGUUAUAAUGUCCGAGGACAGUGGUGUUAACAAGCCAUUUGCUCUAAACAUUGACAGAGAAUCAUCCAUUCUUGUGUUCAGCAAUAUUGAUAACGAAUCUUUUCUUCUUUCAAUAUAG